GGCGUGGGGCCCGAGGCAUGCCGGGAGUGGUAGUUCUCCCGGGGUUGGCGGGGUUUCGGGGACAGCUCGCGGCCUUUCGGGGGUUCUUCUGGCUUGGGCCAUCCAGGCUUGGCUAGGAUUGCCGGCCUGGGCUUGAGGCGCUCGCAGUGGUCUCUUCCGGGCCGGGGUGGAUCCGGGCCUCUCCAGCGAGUGGGCGGCGUGCAGCCUCGUCUGGGCUGCUGGGACCAGCCCUGCGCGGCUCGGGGCCCUUGGCCACUGGGUCCCGGGGCGCCGUCCGCGAGCGGCCUGGACUGCCGGAGACCCGCGGGAGGGAGCGCCUCGCCAGGUGAGCUGGGUGCGCCGGGCCGCUGGGGUGGGGGUGCCAGCCUUUUGUCAUUGUUCAUUCUGCGAUUUUCUUCUGUGCAUUUUCUUCUGAGUAACGGAAAUAAUAAAAGCAAUAGCUGAUGCCCGCCGAGAGCGCUCGGGUGCCAGGCACCAGACUAGCGCAUCGCCCGAACGAACUCCGCGCAUCCCUGCUGACAGAUAGGGUGGCGGUACGCAGUUCCCGCUCUGUCAGGAGGAGACCGAGGCAGAGUGGCGAGGUCAUUGCCCCAGAUGUAACUGGGGCCUGGGGCUAGGAUCAGGAUUCCCUUCCCGGCCCUUGUGACUUUGGGCAGGUCACGACCUCCUGGUUUUCAGUCUCCGUAACAUUUGUAAAUGUGAAGAUUGAAAAUACUGCGUGGAAAACACUCACCGCUUCCUGGGAGGAGGUGCGCGUCGCUGCGUAACCGAAGCCUUGCACGGCAGCUUCCCCUGGGCUGGUCGAGGCACCCGCUGGAACUGGCCUGGCAGAACCCCAGGUUGGCUCCAUGACAGGGGGCACCCUGAGGAGUCGCUGCAGAUCGCGGGCCUGGAGGCCCUCACACUUGCCCGGCUGCCCCAGGCAGCCUCUUCCCUUGCUCUCUGUGGGGCAGACCCACCGUGUCCUCACACUGCUCUCCCUGGGCAAGAAGACUGAGGAGGAAGGGAUGGCUGUGGAUCUGCUUCCCGCUCAGGAGCCUGUGAUGUUCAGGGAUGUGGCUGUGUUCUUCAGCCAGGACGAGUGGUUGCACCUGGACUCUGCCCAGAGAGCCUUGUACCGGGAGGUGAUGCUGGAGAACUACAGCAGCCUGGUCUCACUGGGGAUUCCAUUUUCAAUGCCAAAGUUGAUUCAUCAAUUGCAACAAGGAGAAGAUCCCUGCAUGAUGGAAAGAGAAGUCCCUGCAGAUACCUGUCUAGGUUUUAAGACGUGGCCUGAAACAGAAGCAUUGCCUCAUAGACAGGACAUUUUUAUAGAAGAAACAUCUCAGGGAAUGAUAAAGAAAGAAUCCAUUAAGGAUGGUCACUGGGACAUUAACUUUGACGAAGUUGUGGAACUUGAGAGCGGGAUAGAAGAAGAGCAAGAGAAGAAACCUCUUAGACAAAUGAUAGAUUCACAUGAGAAAACCAUCAGUGAAGAUGGAAACCAUACAAGUCUUGAAUUGGGGAAAAGCUUAUUUACAAAUACAGCUCUUGUCACACAACAGAGUGUUCCUAUAGAAAGGAUACCCAAUAUGUAUUAUACAUUUGGGAAAGAUUUUAAACAGAAUUUUGAUCUCAUGAAAUGCUUCCAAAUUUACCCAGGAGGAAAACUUCACAUCUGUAAUGAAUGUGGGAAGAGCUUCAAGCAGAAUCUUCAUCUUAUUGAACAUCAGAGAAUUCAUACAGGUGAGAAACCCUACAAAUGUAAUGAGUGUGAAAAAACCUUCAGCCACAGAUCAUCCCUUCUUUCUCAUCAGAGAAUUCAUACUGGAGAGAAACCUUACAAGUGUAAUGAAUGUGAGAAGGCAUUUAGCAACAGUUCAACCCUUAUCAAACAUCUGAGAGUGCAUACUGGAGAGAAACCAUAUCGAUGUAGGGAAUGUGGUAAGGCCUUUAGCCAGUGUUCCACCCUCACUGUACAUCAGAGAAUUCAUACUGGAGAGAAACUCUAUAAAUGUGGUGAAUGUGAGAAAGCCUUCAACUGUAGAGCAAAACUUCACAGGCAUCAAAGAAUCCAUACAGGUGAGAAACCCUAUAAAUGUAGUGAGUGUGGGAAGGGAUACAGCCAGUUUACAUCUCUAGCUGAACAUCAGAGGUUUCAUACUGGAGAACAACUGUAUAAAUGCUUGGAAUGUGGGAGAACCUUCACACGUAUUGCAACCCUUAUCGAACAUCAGCGAAUUCACACUGGGCAAAAACCUUAUCAGUGCAAUGAAUGUGAGAAAGCCUUCAACCAGUAUUCGUCCUUUAAUGAACAUCGGAAAAUUCAUACUGGGGAAAAACUUUAUACAUGUGAGGAAUGUGGGAAAGCCUUUGGUUGCAAAUCUAACCUUUAUAGGCAUCAGAGAAUUCAUACUGGAGAGAAACCGUAUCAGUGUAAUCAGUGUGGAAAGGCCUUCAGCCAGUAUUCAUUUUUAACCGAACAUGAGAGGAUCCACACUGGAGAGAAACUGUAUAAAUGUAUGGAAUGUGGGAAAGCCUACAGUUACAGAUCAAACCUUUGUAGACACAAAAAAGUUCACACGAAAGAGAAACUCUAUAAGUGGAAGGAAUAUGGGAAACCCUUCAUCUGCAGCUCCUCACUUACCCAGUAUCAGAGAUUUCUUAGAGGAGAUAAAGCCUAUGAGGUUUAGUUCAUCUCUCAAAUAAUCCAAGACUUCUCACUGGGGAAUAAGGGAAUAAUAAAUAGGGUACAAACUCCUAAUAGAUUUGUCUUUUUUACUUCUCCUGAGAGAAAUAAGUUAGUUGCCACUAAGUCAUGAUAAAAUUGAUCAGCGAGACUAUGAAAAGCACUGACUUGUUAAGUUUUAAAAGAACCAUAAAUUCUAAGGUAUCUAAAAACCUAUGAGUAUUUAAUUCAUAGAAAAAAUGUAAAAGGCCUUUUAAAAAAUCAUGAAAAAUAGUUGAAUAUACAUUUUGUUUCUCUCAUAAGACCAUAUUCCCUUUAAAAGAGUAAGCUUCAAUAUGUGGAUUUUCUUUUAAAAACAGUCACUGAGUUAUUAAUCAUGUAAAUAAGUGUGUGGCCUUCUUUAAAAUAGCUGGCUAACAUAGGAAGCGCUUCUUUUCAUAAAGAGAAGCCAAACAUAAAAAGGAAUUAUUUAAAUUUAACUCUUCACAUGGAAAUAAUAAUAAAGCUUUUUAUAUGAGCUGUCCCACCAGCAACUUACAUAUGUAAACAUACAUAUAUACACAUAUGCAUGUGUGUGUGUAAACAUAAGAGUCCUUUAUUAUUAAAAAAUGUAGUUUUAUUGAUUUAGAAUUUAGUUCUUAAAAUCUUGCCCAAAGGUAGACUCUCUUUCUUUUACUUUCUUCCAUUAUUUCUUAAAUUGAUGUGGUUUUAUAUAACUGAACAGAGUACUAUUACAGUACCGUAGAAGGUGGAUUAACUGAAGCAGCUGGAAAGACUGUCAAGCACAUACUUUGUUAUCUGUUGCAGAAGGGAUGUAUUUGGCAGAAUCUCAGGCUACAAGUCUGGUAGCUCAUUAGAGCCAGGAGAGAUUUUAGUUUAAUUAUAGCCUUUCAUUGUACUAAUGAAGGAUUUGAACUUAGUGAACAGAGUCAAGACUAGAAUCUAGGUCUUCAGUUCUGGUAUUUUGUGAUCAUUAUAGGCUCGUUUCCAACCUGAGGUCCCAAGAGUACUAUUUGUUUUGUAGCCUGGUUAGACAUAGUUGCAGUAAUUUAAAGUUACUGCGUUAUCUUUAAGGGUUUCCUCUCACCUUAAUCUUAAUAAUUGACUUACAACUAUAUUCUUUUUUCUUAUGAGUCCCUAAUUAUGCCUGCUUUUGCUAUAAUUGUACUUAAAUCCUUAAAGUUAGCUGAGGUCCAGAUAGUGUAAUUGCUUUUGGAGGCUUCACAUAUAAGGUUGCCUUCUUAUUACACAUAUUUUAGGAAUUAUUUUGUGGAAAGUUGUUAUAUAUGAAGAGUUUAUUAUUAAGCAUUCUUUUCAUCAGUUUAAAUGUUUAGUUCCUCCCAGGCAUUUUUCCUCCAAUUUUAUAUUUGAUUUUCAUUCAAUUAACAGUUGGUAUCAUUAAAAAAAAAAAUUCUAAUACAAUUAGCUAGACCUUCUGAGAAAAAUGUUAGAAUUAAACUCAAGCAGUCUGUAUAGUAUAUUUCUUAACCAACUGGUUUUAGCUUAUCGAAAAGUAAUUGUUUUAUGUAUUUAAAUACAUUUACAAAGAAAAUGAGGCUUUUAAACAGACCUCACUAUUUAACAUUGUACACGGUAGUGGUGAGCAUGCUUAGUACCCAAAUUUUGGUUUCUAAAUGCCAUUCCCCACUAAAAGGAACCAGGAUUCCUUGGAGAAAUGGCUGAUUCCAUGUUUGGAGCAGGGGAAGUGGGUGGUGGGGGUGGCUAAAAUACCUUUUUUAUUAAGAAAAUAAAAUAAAAAGCAAGAUAGUAUUUGAAGACUAAUGGGGUAAUGUCAGAAGGGGACAGGCGCCAAGUUGAAGGUAUUCUCACUGGCCAAAUUUAGGACAACUUAAAAAGAAUAAUCACUCUUAUUGGUGAUAAUACUAAGAAGGAAAAGAAGUUCAUAAUGAUGAAAGUAGAGAAAAAAGAAAACUAUAAAAUUAUUUGAAGAAUGUCUUUUAAAUGUACACGGAAUGAUAGAUUUGGAAAAAUUACCAUUUUACAACCCUUAAUGUAAUUAAGUCUGGCAAAAAUCGAUGGUAAAACCCAUUAAGUGAAAAAAAUUUUAAGAAACUUCGUUUACAAGGUGUCAGAACAUCACAGAUAUCUAUUGCAAAAGAAUUGCCUUUACAAUGAGAUUUGGCUGUCAAACUGCAUUUCACUACUUCUGGAAUAAGCCAGCAUUAUGUGGCUCUUGAUGGGAUGCAGUAUGAAGCAUGUGUGACCAUCCUUGAUGUACUGCCAAAAAUGUUUACCUCAAAUUUAAUUAAAUCUUUUGUCUAGACUUAUCUUCCUGGUUAAAGAAAUACAGGAAUAGAGGAACAAGUUGAAUUACACAGUAUGGAAAUAGACAAGUCCAGAGUUGGUAUAGGACAACUGGUCUGGACUUUAUAUUUAUUUUAAAAUGGUUUUCUUAGAUUUAUUUUUUUAAACAUAACACGAGGAAGGUGUUAAAACUGGUGUAAUAGCUCAAAAGAAUUAAGUAUUCCAGAUUUCAGGAGGGAUGAAGAGGGAGAUAUUCAGAAACCUUCACCAGAUUCCUCCCAACUUGAUUAUAGCGGAUUAAUGAUGUGCUUUGUGGAUGUCGUUAGUCAAUGACACCAGCUUGUGGAUGUGGUUAGUCAAUGACACCAGCUUGACGGAUCUUUCUUUCUGCACCAAACCCCAUUGAGUUAUCUCGUCCCCUUGGCUGACGAAGAGCCAUUAGGCGAGGAUCACUGGCAUCAUCCAGGGUGAUGUUCUUCAAGCGACUGACCAACCGAUCAGGUCGAGGAGCUGCAACAGCCUUGGGGCCCUCACAGACUUGCCAAACAUUCCAGGCACUGCACUUGCCAGUGUGCUGAUGAAGAAUCAAGAAUCACUGAGAACUCCACCUCUUCUCCUGCCUGGAGCUCAAGGCCAUCCUCAACUUCUUUCACAUGGCAAAAGAGCUUCUUGCUAUCCCCUACUUCAUAGUUAAUGAAGCCAAACUGAUCUUGCAUACAUUCCACUGUGGCCCUACGCAGGGGUGUGAUGUUGUAAGCCAUAGUUGGUGCAUUUUGGCCCUGGUCUGGACUUUUCAAAAAGCAAAUGUAGUAAAACAAAAAGUGGUCUCUUCUAGAUUAAGGCAAGAGACAUAACCAAAUGGAAAGUGUGAUCCUUUAUUAGCUUCUGAUUCAUUAAAAAAAAAACCUAUAAAAGACAUUUGGGGGGAUAUUUGGGGAAAUAGGAAGAUGGAAUGGGUACUAGAUAAUGUGGUAUGUUUGAUUUUUCUAGAAGUGAUAAUUGAGUUACGUAGGAUAAUAAUGUUCUAAUUCUUAGGAGAUGCAUGCAGAAGUUUUCAAGUUUGAAAAGUCAUGAUGUUGGCAGCAUAUUUUCAAAUAUGUACAAAAUUAGUCAAUUUUUUUUUUGUGGUGGCGCUAUAUGUGGUGGAUGUUCAUUGGUCAUUUAAAACAUUUUUCUAUAUGUGUCAAUUUCUAAUAAAAAUUAAUGCAAAAAGUGAUUGGAUAAAGUGAUGAAUAUUAAUCUUUCAAUCAGAAUUCUCCAUUUAUAUUCUUAGGAAGUUCCUGUUUGAGAGUUUAUCCUCCAGGGAUGUAAUCAUUGGAAAUAAAGUAACUAGGUGGUACUGGUUCCCCUUUAAAUGGAAUGAGCAUGCUCCACUUUCUCUCUCAUGCUAAAUGUAACUAAGGCAUGGAGCAGCUGUCUGGUGACCCUCAAAAGUAAUGAUAACAGGCAGAUUUGGGAAGGAAACUAGAAUUUGAAACAAGAUCAUUGUGGCGCUCCUGGGCAUUCCUGUGGUGAGGACAGAGAUGGCUGAGCAGGCAUCUAAACCUUAGAGUUAGGAACCCUUCACUCUGGGUAGAGGAUUUGUGAGCCAAAAAGGGUUAGGAGAAUCCCCAUUGCUUUUCUUCCCUCACUAUCUUCCUGCUACUUGGACCUGGAGAUGAUGUAUCCAUGAGGUGUGUAGCAGAGAGGAGAACCUAAACCCUUGGUUUUCUAACCUGAAGAUCAGGAAGAGGAAGUGGCUCCUGAGAGCUGGAAGGUGUCAAGGUGGUGACAAAGAUAAGGAAGGUCAAGAAAGUGAUUUCAUAACAGUUGCUUAUGCAAUCUGCGGCUCUCCCCUGGUCUAUACAUAUAUAGGUCUGACCCGAUAAUUGUUUGGGUCUGACACUGGGCAAAGAUCCAAAUAGCACUGAGAAUACUUAGAAAACUGGACUGACAUUAGAACCACAGCCCACAGGAGAUGGACUGGAACUGAUGACCAAGACUUAGCCAGUUAAAUUGCCUGCUGGAAAAAAUACCCUAACAUUUUCUGGAAGAAUUAAACCCCCAGAGGCUCAUAAUAUUCAAAAUGUCCAAGAUGCGAUGCAGAAUCACGUGAAAUACAUGAGUCAGGAAAUUUUCAACAAUUCAAAGGAAAGACAACAGACACCCCAAGAUGACACAGAUGUUGGAAUUAUGAGACAAAGACUUUAGAUAUUGUCACAAUGUUUCAGAAAGUGUGACCAUUCCAGAAAUUGAUGGAAAUGUCAAAUUUUUCAGCAGGAAAAUAGUAAUUUGACUCACUUCUAAGAAAUAGAAUAUGAUAGAAGUGAUGUGAUGUCACUUAAAAUAUUUGGUUAUGAAAAGACUGUGGCUUCUGCAUAGGCACGUGCUCUCUUGAAUCACUCACUUGUCCUUUCAGAAACCAGUUGCCUUAUCUUGAGGACACAGCCUGUGGAGAGUUCCAUGUAGUAAGUAACUGAAGCCCAUGGCCAACAGCCAGCAACAAACUGUGGCCUUCUAGCAACCAUGUGAGUGAGCUUAGAAGUGGAUCCUCCCUUGCCUAAAUCUUCAAAUAGGACUGCAGCCACAGCCAACUACUUGUCUAUAACCUCAUGUGAGACGCUGAGCCAGAAAGCCCUAGCUAAACCACUCACUCCUGGCUGCUUAACCCCCAGAAACUCUGGGUUAGUAAAUGUUUUAACUGGUAGGUUUUGGGGUAAUUUGUUAUGCAGGAACAGAUAACUGACACAGAACUUGGUACUUGGAGGUGGGCAGCUGCCAUAAUGAAAACCCAAAAUAUGGGAGGGGUUUUGGAACUUGGCAGUGAGUGUUAAGUAGGCAUGGGCUGGUAAAAACCUAAAGUGCUUUGAAGAAACUAUAGCAGCAUCAUGUCUGACAAGGCUGUAGAUGAGGACUUCUAGAAGAGUGAGGUAAAUGUUACUGGAAAACUGGAGGAAGGAAGAACUUACGUAGUGGCAGACUGAAAGUAAAACGUGCCUAAUAUGAUCUCACUAGAGAGAUUUCCUGGCCGAGUGUUGCAGGUGCCAUCUGGCUUCUUGAUUAUGGUAACAUAUGAGGAGAGAUUAAAAACUAUAGGAAAGACCAUUAAACAAAAAGGAUCCAGGGCUUGAUGGUUUUGGAGAUAGUCUCAUCAAGAGAACAGGAUUUGCUAAAAUUAAGAAAUCACGUCUCAGCAAAGAUCAAAUUUAGAGAACUUGGAAAAUACCCUCCAGUAAUGAAGCGCUUUAUAAUAUUUAAUAAAAAUUAAUAAAAAGAGUUGACAAAGAUGUGGAAAAAUUGGAACCCUCACACACUGCUGAUGGGAGUAUAAAAUGGUGCAGACUCUUUGGAAAACAGACUGGAAUUUACUUCAAAGAUUAAAUAUAGAGUUACCAUGUGACUUAGCAAUUCCACUCCUAAAUUUAUACCCAAGAGAAAUGAAAACAAACAUUUAUAUAUGUACAUGAAUGUUCAUAGCAGCAUUAUUCAUAAUAGAAAGUGGAGACAACCCAGUGUUCAUCAGCUGAUGAAUGAGUAGGCAAAAUGUGGCAUAGUUGUAUAAUGAAACGUUGUUUGUCAAUAAAAAGAAAUAAAACACUGAUAAAUGCUGCAACAUGGAUAAACCUUGAAAACGUGCUGGGUGAAGGAAGCCAGUAACAAAGGACCACAUAUCGUAUGGUUCCAUUUAUAUGUGAUUUUCAGAAUAAGCAAAUCUGUAGAGGCAGAAAGUAGAUGAUUGAUCUCCAAGGGCUUUAGAGAGUUGGAGAAAAUGUGGGGUGACUGGUAAUGGAUGUGGAGUUUCUUUUUGGAAUGAUGAAAAUUUUCUAAAAUCAUGCUAAUUAUCACGCAACUCUGAAUAUACUACAAGGCUUUGGAUUGUACACUUUAUAUGGGUGAAUUGCAUGGUAUGUGAGUUCUAUCUCAAUAAAGUGUGUUGUAAACAACCU